AUGGCGAUAGAUAAUGGGAGAGGCAGUGCAAUGCAACCUCGAGGUGGCGAGAGCGGCACGGUCUUCAGUGGAAGCCCGCCGAAGGUUGCGCAAAUCGAUGAGACCUUAAGCUUGGGAGUGAGACAAGAGCCUGGCAGUGCAGCUCGGUUCAAAGCAAUAUUCCAAGGGAAUCUCCCUGUCAAUCCUAAGGAUAAACAUAUCAGGGCAGUAAUGUACUGCUUUGAUGAUAUAUUUUUCUGGCCAGAGAUCAUAGAGCGCGGAUUCAAGUCGCGACGAAAGCUGGCCGAAACGAGAUCCGAAUUCCUGGUCAAGCGACAUCUCCGGUCAAGUAAAAAGUGGCGUAUGUUAGGCAACCAGAUCCAGCAGGUUUGA